AGCGUGCAGAAGUUGAGCAGCAGGGUUGAACCUCUGGAGAUCUCACUCUUGUCAGUCAGUUCAGAAAUGUUUGAUGUUGAGCGGAUGUUGAGUUUCUCUCUCUGUAUCUUCAUCAGCAGCGCGGGUGAGAUCGAGCUCCAUCAGUAAUGAGUGAACAAAGCAUCUGUCAGGCGCGGGCCACCGUCAUGAUGUACGAUGACGGCAGUAAGCGCUGGUUACCGGCCGGUUCUGGCACUCAGGCCAUCAGCAGGGUUCACAUCUUCCAGAACCCCAGUAACAAUAGCUUCAGGGUGGUGGGACGCAAACAACAGGCUGAUCAGCAGGUGGUCAUUAACUGUCCUCUGAUCCGGGGGAUCAAAUAUAACCAGGCCACUCCUACGUUCCACCAGUGGCGCGAUGCACGGCAGGUCUGGGGUCUGAACUUCAGCAGUAAAGAGGACGCGGCUCAGUUCGCCAGCGGCAUGACGCACGCGCUCGACGUGCUCAACGGAGACGCCGGUGCGUGUCCUCCUCCUCCUCGACCGCCUCCGAACGGCCCGAGCGCUGAGGAGAUAGAGCAGAAGAGGAGGCAGGAGCAGCAGGAGAGAGAGAGACAGGAGAGAGAGAGACAGGUGUCUGCCGCUCCGGCCCCGCCUCCUGGUCCUCCUCCAGCUCCUGGCCCCGCCUCUGCACCUCCUCCUGCGCUCGCUGGAGCUAAACUACGCAAAGUGGCCAAGUGCUUGAUUGACAGGUGA